GCUGCGACCGGUCGCAGGCUGAUGACGUUUGGCCGCACCAGACCCUGGGCACGGCGGGGAGGGGGACCCGAACCCGGUGUGCGGCAAGUGACAUGAGGCGGCGGCGCCGGAGGCGGGACACUCGGCUCUAGCGCUUCCCUGGCCGCGCGGGAGUGACCCCCCCUCGCCGCUCCCAGGGGCCGGACCGAGCUCUUUCCUCCCCCGCCUGAGCGAGGGGAACGGGGGAGCAGCCCGGCAACAUGUUCCGCCGAGCCAGGCUCAGCGUGAAGCCCAAUGUGAGGCCCGUGGGUAGGGGCGGCGGCCCGAGCGCCCCGGCGGCCCCGGAGCCGCAGCGCGGCCAGGAUUCUGCCUCCCUGCCGGCAAGGCAAGAGCCGCAGCCCAGCGCGACAGCCUCUCCCGGAGCUGCUGCCGGUCCCCGCCCGGCCCCCCCGCCAGAGGGGGGACAACAGGGGAACAGAGAUGAAAGGACUGGUUGUGCAAAUGAUGAUGGAGAAGCUAGGAAACCUGCAGAUACACCUUUACAGAGAAGAAAACGAAUAUCCACUAUGCCUAAUCUGGCAAAACCCAGAGUUACACUUCCAUCUGCACAACGUUCAGUAUCAAAGUCUUCUCAAAAACUAGUACCUCAGUCUGUUACUAAUGGUAACUCUUCACUUCAGAAGGAAUCCUAUCCAUCAGAGAAGAUUAAUACAGAAAGCUCCCCAAAGUCUCCGAUACUGCCUGAAAAGAAAACACCUGUCCCACAAGUGCCACAGUUUUCCCCACUUAAAAAAUCAGUGAGCAAAGAGCCAAAUGUGGGUGUAACUGCUCUCAAAAAUGAUGAAAUCCUCCAGAAGAACACACUCUGCCCUCUCAAGGAGAGACCCACCCAAGGAAGAACCACACAAGAGGAAAUGCCACAUAAAAAAUCCCCGCUAACAAAAGAUAAACAAAAAUGCUCAGACCGUGAAAGAAUCCUCAAAGCUCAGAAGUUAAGAGAGAUGCUCAAAGAAGAGCUUAAGAAAGAGAGGAUGAAAAGAUGGAAAAAUAGACCAACAGUAAUUGAAGGGAAAACUCCACCAGAUCAUUCCAAAAUGACUAUGAGAGACUUGAUAUACUACCUGCCAGAAAACAAUCCUAUGAAGUCUUCGCUGGCGGAAGAAAAGAAAACUGAGAAGACUUCUACACAGGUCCAAAUGAAAGAACCAGAAGAGAUACGUGCUCCUGAUCAUGAAGAUGAGGAGGCUGAGACUGAGCCAGAGGAAGGGGAGGAGAAUGAUGGUCCUCUUCUAGUUCCUCGAGUGAAAGUAGCAGAAGAUGGUACAAUUAUUCUGGAUGAAGAAAGUUUAACUGUAGAAGUUUUAAGGACAAAAGGGUCAUGUGUCGUAGAAGAAAAUGAUCCGAUCUUUGAGCGUGGCUCCACAACUACCUAUUCCAGCUUUAGGAAAAGUUUUUAUACCAAGCCGUGGUCAAAUAAAGAAACUGACAUGUUCUUCUUAGCUAUUAGCAUGGUAGGAACAGACUUCUCUCUCAUUGGUCAGCUGUUUCCUCACAGAGCAAGAACAGAGAUUAAGAACAAGUUUAAACGUGAGGAAAAAGCAAAUGGAUGGAGGAUAGAUAAAGCGUUCAAGGAAAAGCGACCAUUUGACUUUGAAUUCUUUGCCCAGUUGCUUGAGGAGGUACUGGCAGAUGAGAAAAAGAGGAAGCAAAAAGCUACUAAAAGACAAAGUUCAAAAGAGAAGAAGCCACACAAAUCUCGGAAAAAGCAAAAAGCUAAAGUUGUCAGUGAAGACGCAGAUAAUGACCAGGAAGAUCCUCAGGGUAUCAGAAUUUCUGAUGCAGAAACAGAAGUGGAUGCUGGGACAGCUGAGAAGGAGAAUGAAGAAUCUCUGAGUGUCUCUGAACAGACAGAAGAACAGAUUAUAUUGGAGCCAGUGACAACCAAGAAGAAGAGGAAAAAGAAGAAAAAAGAUGAUUCUGAACUGGAAGUGGAGAAUCUGGCUGAAGAGGGAGCUGCCCCCACAAAACCAGCUAAGGGGGGGAAAUCCAGCAAUAAAAAAAAAAAUGCAGUGUCUGGUAUGAACAGUGCUAAUCGUACUGAAUGUGGGGAGGAACUGGAUGUUCUUAAUCAAGAAAAUGUGGAUGAGACUCCUGUCCUGGUGGAGCAAGAAUCACAUUCCUGCUUACAACUGAAUGAUAAAACAGAAGAAAAUUAUCUCGAUUUAGCCAGCUUUCAAGAUACUAGUGCUGGAUUAAUAGAAACUGAAUCUUCUGAACCAGAAACUCCAGAUAUCAUCUCUGGGUCACAGGAUUGGCAACCUUCAAAAUCUCAAGCUUCAGGUACCAGAAAUGAAAAAGGAAAUGGUGAAGAGACCAGUGAAGCAAAGAACAAUGAAGUAUGUGAUUUAUAUAAACCAGAUGAAAAGGAAAGUACAGCAGGAAAAAGCCAUGAUUCUAAAUCUGAAACAAUGGAAACUGAAAAAGCUGCUGCUGGAAAGCCAUCCGUGAGAGGACGCCUGCAGAGACCUAAACCCAACUUAGCAAGGGCAUCUGGAAAGACAGAAGCAACAGUCCAAGAGAAAUCUGAGGUCAAGAUUUCUUCUUCAGAGCCUACAGAAGGGGCUGAAAAAAUGUGUACCAUGGAAGCUGGUGAAGGUAACACAGCUGAAAUCACCAGAGAUGAAACCACAGGAAGAGAAAUCAAAGCCUUAGAGACUGAAUCCCAAGAAAAAGCUGUUACUGAAAAAGCAGCAAUGAGAGGGCGUCGGCAGCGAUUUAAACCUAAUGUAGUAGGAGCAUCUGGGAAAAAAGAAGCUCCUGUCCAAGGUGAAGGAAAGAACAAAACUCCUCAAGAGCCUGAGGGAGCAAUUGAAAAGCAGAGUACUGACCAAGGUAACACACCUGACAGUACCAGAGGGGAAACUACAGAAAAAGAUGGGAGGAUCUCAGAGACUGAAUCUCAGUCUAAAGAAAUAUCCUGUUUACAAGAAGGUGGCAAACAGAGUGUACUUAAACCAGCACCACUAAUGAGGGCUCGAAUGCAGAGGCCAAAACCAAAUGUAGGAAGGGCAGCUGGAAGGCAAGAAGUAUCAGCAACAAAAAAAGAUGUAGAAGAUGAAAAAAUGGAAGUUGGAGAAGCAGUGAAGAGUUUGAUACAUUGUGAAAACAAAAGUGGUGCACUCCUCACCACAGGGGAUGCAACAGGUAAUGAAGACAUCCUGCUGUGUUCUGAGAUAUCAGAAAAAGAAGCCACCUCAGGAGCUGAGAAGGUGGUCUCAGUGCAUGUAAAACAGCGUUCCCAAGAGAAAUUCUUGGGAUCUGAGAGUUGUGAACAAGAAAAGGAGUCAUUUUCUGUGGAUGAUUUGGAAGAUGGUUCAGAUUUUGGUACAGGAGACGCCAGUUCUCAGCAAGAAAAAGAAGUGGCUGUUCAGACAACACAUCUGUUGAGGAAUCAAUUUCAGAGGCCAAAAUCAAAUUUAGGAAAGGAAGCUGGAGGAGGGGAAGUGCCAGGGGUGGAUAAAGAUGUGUCAGAGGACAGCACUGAAAAAGACAACAGUUUGAUACAGUGUGACAGUAAAUGCAGCAUGCUUCCUGACCUAGAUAAAGCAGCAAAAUGUGAAGUCAUGCCAUCCUGGCAGUCAUUAGAAAAAGAAGACCCUGUAGGCUCUCAGGAAGUAUUUGCAACCCCAAUAAGCCUUCAGUCCCUUAAGAAGCUUUCAGGAUCUGAGAGUGGUGAACAAAAUGCGUCUCCUCCAUCUGCAGAUAACCAGGAGAAGACUUCAGCUGUUGCUGCCAGGCUCCACAGCAAACUCAUCUCUCAAGGAGAAAGUAAACCAGCCUCUCUUCAGCCAGCCCAGCUAGUGAGGAGCCGAUUCCAGAGACCCAAGCCAAACAUAGGAAGGGCAAUCGGAAGGAAAGAAACACGAGCAACAGAAAAGGAUGAAACUGAAAAAAAGACUGAAGUUGAGCAAUCAGCUCUGCAAAAAGAUGAAUCUGCUGGCAUCCCCUCCACUGUACACAAGCCAAAGGGUGAAAAUGAAGCUGUCUCUUCUGAAGCUUCAGGAGAUAAGUUGUUGGGUUGUGAGAAACAGACACCAGAAGGAGAAUCUCCAGUGCCUGGUAUUUACCAAAAUGUGUCAGAUGAACAAAGCAGUUCCCAAGAAGAUAAGCCAUGUGCUAUCAAACCAGCACAGCUAAUGAGGAGUUGGUUCCAGAGGGCUAGAUCAAACCUGGGAAGGGCAUAUGGCAAGAAAGAAGAGCCAGUGGCAGAAAAAGUUACUGCUCCAGUUGAAGGGGAAACAGGAAAAGCAGAGGAGAGCCCUUUACCACAUAGGGAUUCUGAUGUACAUCUCUCUCCAAAAGCUGAAGUGGAUUUGGCCCAAAAAGAUGGUUCAGAUUCCUGUGGGGUCACCUCACCAAAAAGAAGCAUUCAAUCAGAAAAACUUUGCUCCCUUGAGAAAUCUUUGAGCUGCAACAAUGAGAGCGAUCAAAGAAAGAGUUGUAUGUCUACAGAUGUUGAGAGCAGGCUUCCGAAUUAUUCUGAAAGGUCCAGUUCUGGAGAAGAAAGUAAACCAAGUGCUAUAAAACCUGCACAGCUAGUGAGGGGCCAUUUACGGAGGCCAAAGCCAAACCUAGUUAGAGCAAUAAGAAAGAAAGAAGCCCUUGAAGAGGGAGAAAACACAACUGAGGAAAAGACUGAAGCUAGAAAUACGGAAGAAGGUCUGGUAUCAUGUGGUAUAAAAUCAGAAAACCUAACCUCAUUACUGCACACAUCUGGUAACUUAGUGGAAGUUGCAUCCUCCACAGAGGUUUCACGGAAAAAAGAGUCUGCAGACAGUAUUGAGGCAGUGCUUCCUAAAAGGAGCAGGCAGUCCUGUAAAUUCCAGUCUCCAGAGAGAUUGUCGGAGAGUGAAAGUCAAAUAGAACAAGAGGAAGAUUCUCAGCCUCUUUAUGCUCAGGAGAAGACCUCAGACAAACUGAUAAGAAGGCAGCCUAGAAGGUCAUCCGAACAGGCAGGCCUGUCAAAACGUGUAUCUGAGCUAAGAACUUCUUCUGCCUCUGAAUGUGAAGUUGAUCGCUGUGAAAAGGGAAAACCACGUCGAAAGAUUAAACCAAAUAUCACCAAAGGCAAAGGCUUGAAAACGGCCCACAGCAAGAGAUCUGGGAAAGAACAUGGGAGUUCAAAGGUAACCUUGGUGACCCUCCGAGCUUCUCAGGAGGAGGAUGAAGAUGAUGCAGAUGAAUUUGAGCUGGAUGAUGAAGAUGAAUGUUUUUCACCAGAAGAAGUAAACAAAGCUCCAGUGUUUGUUCCUGUAGGUCUUCGAUCUCCAAAACCUAUUCCUGUCCAGAUUGAGGAAACCAUGGAAGAGCUUGAAAUAUCUGUGAAUGUCCCAGAUGUGCCCUGCAUUACUACUGCUGAAUAUCUGUCUCAUGAUUUAAAUGUGGUUGUCCAGCCUGUGAUGCAGAGAGAUGAAAAUCUGAAUGCCUCACAAAUUGAAGUGACUACACAUGAAAAUCCAGAGACUGACACAGGGAUUAAUGAUGGAAGCACUGAAGCUGCCAUGACAUUACUUGCAAUGGGAGAUCCAAUGUUUCAGUUAAAAAUAAGCACUCAAGGAAGGACACAGGUGUUUCCUGAUCAAGAUGAAUUGCACGUGGCUGAUAGCCUCAUAAACCAGCCUAAUACAGAGCAAAAUGCGGCCCCAAGUAAUCAGUCACUUUCUUCACCUACUAAUAAUGAACUGGUUCCCUCAGAGGAUGGAAACAAAGUCAUUCUACAGGACCAAAGUUCUGGAAAAGAAGCAAGUGUAGAAAUUUUUUUUAAGGAAGAUGCUGCACCCAGCAGUGAUCACCCUGUGCCCAAAGUGAAUAGUACACCAAGGUUUGCAAGAUGCAGACUUCCUAAGCCUAAACCAAAUCUUAGCAGAGUACUGGGAACAAACAGGAAUGUUCAUCAGAAAUCUCUUAGUCCAAAUGCCGAUGUGGAGCAAUUCAAGCAGGUUCAAAGUGAGAGGAAAGCUCUAAGAGAGACCAUAGAAGAGCAAGACGUAGAUUUAGAAUGGAAGGUCAGACCAGCUGAGAACAGUUCUGCAGAUCUGCAGAAUUUUGGAUCUGGAAGCACAGACCUUGCCGAGACAGAAAACAAGACAAGAGAGACUUGGGAAGCUUCAGUGGAGUUAAAAACUCCUAUAAUAUCUCCAAAAGCAGAGAUUUUCCUACCUGGGCUAGAGAAUGAUCCUAAUCAAAGUUCUACUGGUGUCCUUCCUGAAAAUAAGCCUGGUACUGUUAUGCACAGCUUGCAUGAAGUUCAGUUGACACAGGCUGAGGCAGUUACACAGGAGUUUCAACAGCAAUACAUAACCAGCACAAAAGAAACUUCAGUGAAUGGAAGUGGUAAUGAAUAUCCAGAGGAGGCGGAGGAACAGACUUUUAUUUUAACAUUGGUGGAAAUUCCAGCUGACUCGAGAGAGUACCAUGACGCAUCUAUGUCACUAGAACAAGCUUUGGAACCAUUGCUGCCAGCCCCCAUACUUCUCACUCCAGUGAAUACAGGCUUAGCUAAUGUGAUGGAAGAGCAGAGCAGUGGAUCACUGACCACUACAGUUGAUAAAGCUGCUACCUCUUUAGACAACUGUACAGGAACAGAAGGACUGCAGAGAGCAUCAAUAGAGACAUUUACUAAUUUGGAUCAGACAUCUUGGAAAAGGCAUGCUAUUGAUAUUGAAGAAAGUGACACUCCUCCUGCCAAGCGAACUCCUUCUACCUCAGCAGAGGAUAAUCUGGCAAAUACUUACAAGCAGGGGAAACUUCAGGCAUAUGCUGGUCACGUGGCUGUCUUGUUUCAGAGAAGAGAGCAUCAUGAUUCUUGGAGGAAAUUCAUUACAGGAAAAAGCUAUGUGGCUAGAAAUAUCCCCACCCCUCUUUACUGGGGCAUUAGCCACAAAAUGCUAGCUGCAAAGGGAAGCUGGACAAAUUUCCCAUACUGUGAGGAGUCUUCAGUUAAAUCAACACAUGCUCCAAGGAAAAUUGCUGGGAGAAUUUCUGAAAAACUGAAAACUUCCAAGAAGAAAAAACUACCUACCUCUAUAUUUGUAUCUAAAACUGCAGAAAGAGGGCAAUCUGAAUCCUUUCAGAAAUUAGGAACUAUACCAGUUGAGGAAUCGGCAUGCAAGUGUUCAGAUGAGUUGGUGUCUGGAAUGGACCAUGAAGGAAAAGAAGAAGCAAAUGAGCAAGAAAGUUUUAUGGAUAUUUGUGAAUCUGGAUGUUCAGGACAUGUUGGGAGCACAGCUGCCCUUUCAAGAAGCCCGAUACUAAGGGCUGGCCGAAGACCUUUGGGAUUUUUAUCUUUAAUUUGCAAAUCAAGUAAUGCUGAACCUGGAGAGGGUGCUAAGGGGAAUAGACAGAGACUCCAAAAACCUCUCAUAGCUGCCUCAAAGCGAAGUCUGAAAAGACCCACUCCAUCUGCUGAGAACAGUACAGACAUUCAAGAGUCCUGUUCUCUUCCCUCUACAAGCACGUUGACGUCUGCUGAAUGUGAGAAUAUAGGCACUGCUGCAGUUCAGGCUUCUUCGGAGUAUUCUGAAAAGCAAGCUUCCUAUACCAAACAACAGGAGAAAGAAGAGGAGCCAACCAGAAUCUCAGAAUAUUUUUUCAGUGAUAUCUUUAUGGAGGUGGAUGAUUCAGAAUAAACCUCUGGGAUCCAAGAAUGCAGUGUAACAGCAGAACUGUAUAUAGAUGAGUUGCUGUGAAUUCUCCUUUGUUCUUCCUUAGUCCUAAUUUAUUACCAGCCUCACUAAUGGAGAACAACAAGCAUUGUUGGAAGACAAAAUCAGUUUUUCUCAUUCUGGGCGAUCUGAGCAUUUUCAAACAUUUAAGAACUAGAUUGGCAUGAUGAGACUAAACGGUAGCUGUUGGCUUACACUGUAACUUUUCAAGAUGCAGAUGCUGGGUGCAUGACUAGUUUCUAGAAGUGCAAUGAAUGAAUGACUAUCCACGUGACAAUAUCCCUUUAAAUCAUAAUGCUGAAGCUUGUGGGGCUGGUUAUAAAAGUCAUUUGCUAUACUUCUUUUUGUGAAGUUCCACUCCAGGAAGGAGAAUUAACCUUCAUAUUUAUCUCUAUAGAUAGAGAAGCAAUUCUAAAAGCUUAGUGUAGUAAAUACAUAGAAAUGUUUUUUAUUAUCGGCUAUUUUAUAGUCUUCUCCAAAUUAUGUAUUUUUGUAAUGACAAAUUCACAGGUACAUAAGCUUAAAGGCCCUGAUUGAAAACAAAAUAUCUAAUCCCUUUUAAAUGUACAGAGAUAAACAUGAGACUGUAUUUAUUUAAUUUUAAUUUAUUAAAAGAUGCUAUCCCGUUAAUCCUUUUUCAUCUAUCUGAUUUGGGGGUGAGGAAAAGAUUAACGUAUCUCCCAUUGUAAAUGCUGAUUUAUUUCUAAAUUAAAUAUUUAAUACAAUAGGCUGGAUUCUGCUCUUGCACUGUCUUUUAUAUACUCAUGUAACUCUAUUGACUUCAGUGGAAUUUCCCUAGUAUAAAUCAAGAGUAACUGCGAGCAGAAUCGAACCCAGAACAAUUGAGUGAGGAUGCUUUGAGGAUUUGCUACUUUGAAACUGUUAAGUUAGAAUGGUUUUCCUCAUGUUUCCUAAGUUUUGUUCACUAGAACAGUGUAACUUAGUUUUUAGGGUGAUAUUAGGUUGGUCACGUGAAGACUAAUUUUCCACUUAUGUAAUAAGGAAAAAUUGCCGUGACAAGGUAACAGCGUCACAUGGUCUCAAUCUUAAAAUCAGGCAUUCUUCUAAAAGAUAAAUAUAUUUUCAUUCUUAAAGUCUUGACUUCUUGAAAUGAGUAGGUAGAUAUUUUAAAUUAGACUUAGAUAAAGUCUGCAUUUUUCUCCUUGAUUAAAUGUUCGCCACUGGAGACCAAGGAUACAGAAUAGACUUUCAGAACAUGGGAUUUACAUAAUGUCACAUACCUCAAGAUGAAUAUAUCCCUAAUUAUGUUCCUUAACAGUUCUGGACACCCUUUCAAACCAGUUAUUUUUUUACUCUAGCUUCACUUGCCACAGGUCAGUCAGAAAUGUAUAGUACAGUAUAUGUUUGUUUACCUUAAGGUUGUGCUUCUACCUUUAAUUUGUAUUUUGUGAAUGGGUCUUGCCAAAACAAAAAUGAUUCUUAAUGAGAGAGUAAUUUAAAAUAUUUUGCUAAAUUUGGUAUUCAAAUGAUUUUUUAAGAUUCUUUUGCCACCCUCUGCAAAGAAAUAUCUACUCUGUAGAGCUGGAUGGUGAUUUACUAGCAAAUCCAUAAUUUAUUUUCUAAUUAUAAUGAUUAUCAGAUUUCUCUUGAAUCGCUUGCUGAGACUUGAAUUUUUAUCCUUUCAGAAGUUAUUUUUUGACUUGUAGCUUCUAAAGGUGCCCUCAAGACUGGAACAAUAAUCAAAAAUAGACCAGCUAUUAGGAAUCAUUAAAGUAGAAGCCCAGAUCACUUACUUUAUAGCAGCUAAAUGUGAGAAGCAAUUACAAUUUUAAUGCUGUGGUGGAAAGGGAAAACUAUCCUACAAUAGAAUGGUUUUCCCCUGUUUUUCAAGUAAAUGACAACUUGAAUUUAAAAAAUGACUGUACAAAUGGAUCCAAUCACAUGUCCAGUUUCAGGCCAGUGUCUCAUGGUUUGACUAUUUCAUUUUAACUUGAAAUACCCAUUUUUAUGUUUUUUCUCCUUCUACUGUAAACAUUGCAGUAAUAGAUUAACAUUGUAUACAUGUAGCUAAGGCUACUGUACAUUUUGUAGUCUGGUUCUUCUAUGCCAGUGGUCCCCAACCUUUCCGUGUGGCGGGCGCCGGACUACUAGCCGCCGAGGAGUGUGGGCACCGGACAAGCAGCCGAGAAGCAGCAACGCCAAGAAGCGUCGCCGCCGAAAUGCUGCCAGUAGACUGGCGCCAUGGCGCCCGCGGGCACCACAUGGGGGACCUCUGUUGUAUGCAAAUAUUUUGUUAGUUAUUGUUACAUGGGGCAUGUUGCAUUUUAGAAUCAGGUAAACCAGUUAGAUCACCCCCACUAAUAUGUUCUCAAAAUUGAUUUGUGGAGGAGGAGGCUAUAAAAUAACGUACUCUAAGUACCUACUAAAGUGGUAAAGACUCAUUCAUAGUAUUUCAGAUGCAAUUCAAAUGACAAGGCAAAAAUAAUUUGUAUUUCAUAAAUUAUAAAGAGACAACAAAAUGUAUGGUGCCUUAUUUAUCCCUAAUAGACGGAAGGGACAACAGACCUUGUUCUUGUUGUUUUUUCACAGCAAACCAUGUGCACUUUGUUAUCAAUCUCUUUUGAAUCCCAUUUCUUUAGAGAGAUAAGAUAACGUGUGUUUUCCGUGUUGGAUGUGAAAGUUGUAUAAGUCAUAGUGAUGGAAGGAAACAGAACAGCAUCCUGUGUUAAGUUCCACUGAUCAAUGGUUUAUCAUUUCUACUAAGAUGUGGUAAAGGACUGUUUUCCUUGAAGAGUUCUUUGACAAACAUCCUAUGUAAUAUUGUUCAUGUGUAAGCUUUCGGGUUCAAAGAAAGCAGUCUGUUCUAUAUGUAAAUUAUGUGAAUAAAUACUUUUAUAUCA